GGGUGUUCCAGGAGAUGGUAAAGAACGAGUGUUACUUUAUCAACGGCACCGAGCGGGUCAGGUACGUGGCGAGGGCCAUCUACAACCGGGAGCAGCAGAUGCACUUCGACAGCGAUGUGGGGGUCUAUGUGGGGGACAACCCAUAUGGGGAGAUCUGGGCCAGGUACGCGAACAGCGACAAGGAAGAGGUGAAGCUCAGAGCGGCUGAGGUGGACAGGUUCUGCCGGGUCAGCUACGAGGUGUCCACCCCGUUCCUGGUGAACCGCAGAGGUGAGCGUGGGGCAGAGCGGGUCCCCUCG